AUGCCCCAUAUCAUUGUUGGCAGAGUCAUCUGCAUUGACUUUGGCACGACUAGAUCAGACAGCCAGGCGUCUUGGAGAUUCCCGAUCGCAUUCCAAUCAGUCUUCGCCAUCAUCUCGGGCCUGUUCCUCCUUUUCCUCCCGGACACUCCACGAUGGUACUACGCUCGAGAGAGGAUCGAAGAAGGUGAUAUUGUUCUGGCACUUCUUAACGACCAACCAGUCGAUCACCCGAACGUGCAAGAGCAGAAAAAAGAUAUCCUGCGAAGCAUUCAAAUGGAAGCGGAGGACGAGAACAAGUUUAGUCUCAUCUGCUUAGUGUGGGAUAACACGGAGCUGCGGGUCGGGCGACGAAUUCGCACAGGAUUCUUACUUCUGUCGAUUCAGCAGAUGAUGGGCAUCAAUAUGCUCGUCUACUUCAGCACUCGCAUAUUUGCCAAUAUCGGGCUGACUUCAUUCAUGUCGCAGCUACUUGCUGCUGUCAUGAACACAUGCUUUGCCCUCGGCACAUACUUUACGCCCGGAACAAUCGAGACAUUUGGCAGACGUAGGAUCAUGCUUUGGUCCGCUGUGGUGAUUUUCAUCUGCAUGUUAAUCUUCACCAUUAUGAUUGCCCUGCCAAACCCCACACUUGCAACACAGUGGACGGCGAUUGUGUUCAUCAUCAUCUAUAACCUUGCAUUAGGCUAUGGAUGGGUUGGCAUCCCAUGGUUAUAUGGUCCAGAGAUUGCACCGCUCCGAUAUCGCCACAUGGCUGGGGCUGCUGCGUCCCUGGGAGAGUGGCUUUUCUCCUUCGUCACCGUAUUUGCUGGCGGAAUUGGAGCCGAAGUAGCUGGUUGGCGAAUCUGGAUCUGGCAGAUAAUAUUUUGCGUCGUGGCUGUGCUCUUCGUAUACUUCUGCUGCCCUGAGACCAAAGGAAAAACCCUGGAAGAGAUUGACGAAUUAUUUGCCAAGCGUGGCGCUUACCAUGACGCAGGAGUCGAUGAAAAGGUACUAGAGAGCAGCAAUCAUACAAGCGACGUUUCGCAUAUGGAGAACUCGAUUGAACGCGAACUCAAGAUGCAAAAGGGCUGA